AUGUCUGAGAAUCUCAGAAAAUCAGAGCCUGAAGAGCCUGAAUUCAUGAAACCAAAGCCUAAAACAUUAGAGUUUAUGGUGCCAAUAGAGGGAAAUGGUAGAUCCAUACAGCGUCAGUGUAUAAAAAAAAUUCCAGAAGGAAAGGAAAUUCCGAAAAACAAAAUAGCCAAACCAAUGGGAAUAAAAUUAAUAAAGCGAGAAUAA